AGAAAACUGUAGUAGAGAAAUUCUGUGAGAGAGAUUUUUGGUGAAGAAAACAGAGAAGCGGCCGAUUCUUAAUGUUUUAGCCACUAUAGAGAAAACAUAUACCCAUCAUUGAUCUCUAAUUCCUUCACUUUCUCUCAGGAUAAUUUUAUUUUUCUUGGAAUAGAAAUACUCUGCCUUUCAAGCUUUUUGGCUGCCUUUGUGAUUCAAUGAAGCUUCCUCCUUGGUGAGUAGAGAGAAUUUUUGUUUGGUUUUUCCAGAUCUCGAGGGUGAGCAUUCUCUAUCUGGCAAUUUUCAUUCUAAAUUCCUUCAUUUCAGAGAGGGGAUAUAGUCAUAUUAGCGAUGGAGAAGGAAGGGAAGAGUCAGAAAGGGAGUAGAGGAACAGAAAGAGAUUUUGUUUUACAGUGGGGAAGCAAAAAGAAGCAUAGGCUUCCUAAAGUGAAGAAAAACCAUGACCUACCUAACAAAUCUAAAUCAACUGACAGUUUGACAAAGAAGAAAAUCACAUCUAGGGUUAGCCCUGCUGAGAAGAAAUCCGCUUCCCCUCAGCCUCAUCAUCUCAACAAGACCAACAUGAUGAUGAAUAACCGGAAAUUGGCGACUUCACCGGAAAAGGAGGAUCGGUACUAUACAACUAGGGGAUCAUUGGGGUUGGAUGAUAAUGGAAAGGCUUUGUUAGAUAUUGUAAAGGAGGAUAAAAGGCCAGUUUGGCCAAAGUUGUUCAUCACAUUGUCAAGCAAAGAGAAGGAAGAGGAUUUCAUGGCAAUGAAAGGGUGUAAACCGCCUCAGAGGCCAAAGAAAAGAGCCAAGUUGGUCCAAAGAAGUCUACUUUUGGUGAGUCCAGGUGCAUGGUUAACAGAUUUGUGCCAAGAAAGGUAUGAAGUAAGGGAGAAAAAGACUUCAAAGAAGAGACCAAGAGGAUUGAAGGCAAUGGGGAGUAUGGAGAGUGAUUCUGAAUGAAUGAGAGAGAGAGAGAGAGUAGAAACAGAGAUGGAUAUUACUCCAUCUUUGAGAAAAGAAGGAAUGUUAAAAGGGUCUCUCUUCUUUUGCCUAAUUGAUGUUGGGGAUAUAAAUUUCUUGCUUCUUUCUUGUUUUAUUGGCAAUAUUGUUCAUUUUGGUGCGCAUGAUUCUCUUUCCCACUUUUAGGUGUAUUUAUUUUCAACUCACGGGUUUCCUGUCGCUUGAAA